AUGACAUACAGUCAGACAAGUGGGACGUUGUUACCACUGCAGACCAAUACUUCUACAGACAGUGGCGCAGACCCAUGCCUCUACAGACAGUGGCGCAGACACAUACUUCUACAGGCAGUGGCGCAGACCCAUACUUCUACAGACAGUGGCGCAGACUCAUACUUCUACAGACAGUGGCGCAGACUCAUACUUCUACAGACAGUGGCGCAGACUCAUACUUCUACAGACAGUGGCGCAGACCCAUACUUCUACAGGCAGUGGCGCAGACACAUACUUCUACAGAGAGUGGCGCAGACCCAUACUUCUACAGGCAGUGGCGCAGACACAUACUUCUACAGGCAGUGGCGCAGACCCAUACUUCUACAGACAGUGGCGCAGACCCAUGCCUCUACACACAGUGGCGCAGACCCAUACUUCUACAGGCAGUGGCGCAGACACAUACUUCUACACACAGUGGCGCAGACACAUACUUCUACAGGCAGUGGCGCAGACCCAUACUUCUACAGACAGUGGCGCAGACCCAUACUUCUACAGGCAGUGGCGCAGACCAAUACUUCUACAGAGAGUGGCGCAGACCCAUACUUCUACAGGCAGUGGCGCAGACACAUACUUCUACAGAGAGUGGCGCAGACCCAUACUUCUACAGGCAGUGGCGCAGACACAUACUUCUACAGAGAGUGGCGCAGACACAUACUUCUACAAGCAGUGGCGCAGACACAUACUUCUACAGGCAGUGGCGCAGACUCAUACUUCUACAGACAGUGGCGCAGACCCAUACUUCUACAGGCAGUGGCGCAGACACAUACUUCUACACACAGUGGCGCAGACCCAUACUUCUACAGGCAGUGGCGCAGACCCAUACUUCUACACACAGUGGUGCAGACACAUACUUCUACAGGCAGUGGCGCAGACACAUACUUCUACAGACAGUGGCGCAGACACAUACUUCUACAGGCAGUGGCUCAGACCCAUACUUCUACAGACAGUGGUGCAGACACAUACUUCUACACACAGUGGCGCAGACACAUACUUCUACAGGCAGUGGUGCAGACACAUACUUCUACACACAGUGGCGCAGACCCAUACUUCUACAGACAGUGGCGCAGACCCAUACUUCUACAGGCAGUGGCGCAGACCCAUACUUCUACUGACAGUGGCUCAGACCCAUACUUCUACAGACAGUGGUGCAGACCCAUACUUCUACAAGCAGUGGCGCAGACCCAUACUUCUACAGACAGUGGCCCAGACCCAUACUUCUACAAGCAGUGGCGCAGACCCAUACUUCUACAGACAGUGGCGCAGACCCAUACUUCUACACACAGUGGCGCACACCCAUACUUCUACAAGCAGUGGCGCAGACCCAUACUUCUACAAGCAGUGGCGCAGACCCAUACUUCUACACACAGUGGCGCAGACCCAUACUUCUACAAGCAGUGGCGCAGACCCAUACUUCUACAGGCAGUGGCGCAGACCCAUACUUCUACAGACAGUGGCGCAGACCCAUAUUUCUACACACAGUGGCGCAGACCCAUACUUCUACAAGCAGUGGCGCAGACCCGUACUUCUACAAGCAGUGGCGCAGACCCAUACUUCUACACACAGUGGCGCAGACCCAUACUUCUACAAGCAGUGGCGCAGACCCAUACUUCUACAGGCAGUGGCGCAGACACAUACUUCAACAAGCAGUGGCGCAGACCCAUACUUCUACACACAGUGGCGCAGACCCAUACUUCUACAAGCAGUGGCGCAGACCCAUACUUCUACAAGCAGUGGCGCAGACCCAUACUUCUACACAAAGUGGCGCAGACACAUACUUCUACAAGCAGUGGCGCAGACCCAUACUUCUACAAGCAGUGGCGCAGACCCAUACUUCUACACACAGUGGCGCAGACUCAUACUUCUACAAGCAGUGGCGCAGACCUAUACUUCUACAGGCAGUGGCGCAGACACAUACUUCAACAAGCAGUGGCGCAGACCCAUACUUCUACACACAGUGGCGCAGACCCAUACUUCUACAAGCAGUGGCGCAGACCCAUACUUCUACAGACAGUGGCGCAGACCCAUACUUCUACAAGCAGUGGCGCAGACCCAUACUUCUACAGGCAGUGGCGCAGACCCAUACUUCUACAGGCAGUGGCGCAGACACAUACUUCAACAAGCAGUGGCGCAGACCCAUACUUCUACAGACAGUGGCGCAGACUCAUACUUCUACACACAGUGGCGCAGACCCAUACUUCUACAGGCAGUGGUGCAGACACAUACUUCAAGAAGCAGUGGCGCAGACCCAUACUUCUACAGGCAGUGGCGCAGACCCAUACUUCUACAGGCAGUGGCGCAGACACAUACUUCAACAAGCAGUGGCGCAGACCCAUACUUCUACAGGCAGUGGCGCAGACCCAUACUUCUACAAGCAGUGGCGCAGACCCAUACUUCUACAAGCAGUGGCGCAGACCCAUACUUCUACACAAAGUGGCGCAGACACAUACUUCUACAAGCAGUGGCGCAGACCCAUACUUCUACAAGCAGUGGCGCAGACCCAUACUUCUACACACAGUGGCGCAGACUCAUACUUCUACAAGCAGUGGCGCAGACCCAUACUUCUACAGGCAGUGGCGCAGACACAUACUUCAACAAGCAGUGGCGCAGACCCAUACUUCUACACACAGUGGCGCAGACCCAUACUUCUACAAACAGUGGCGCAGACCCAUACUUCUACAUACAGUGGCGAAGACCCAUACUUCUACAAGCAGUGGCGCAGACCCAUACUUCUACAGGCAGUGGCGCAGACCCAUACUUCUACAGACAGUGGCGCAGACCCAUACUUCUACUGAGAGUGGCGCAGACCCAUACUUCUACAGACAGUGGCGCAGACCCAUACUUCUACAGGCAGUGGCGCAGACCCAUACUUCUACAGACAGUGGCGCAGACCCAUACUUCUACAGACAGUGGCGCAGACCCAUACUUCUACUGAGAGUGGCGCAGACCCAUACUUCUACAGACAGUGGCGCAGACCCAUACUUCUACAGACAGUGGCGCAGACCCAUACUUCUACAGACAGUGGCGCAGACCCAUACUUCUACUGAGAGUGGCGCAGACCCAUACUUCUACAGACAGUGGCGCAGACCCAUACUUCUACAGGCAGUGGCGCAGACCCAUACUUCUACAGGCAGUGGCGCAGACAUCAAAUAG